UAAUAAACAUUUCACGUUAAUCUAUCUUCCUUUCCCUUGGAGUGAUACAAGAAGAGAGAGAAAGAUCCUGAUCUCGUCCAUAAGCAAGGUCACGAUCUUCCUCUAUCUUGCCACAUUCUGACUUACCCUCGUCUUUUUAAUCUUCUCAAUUUACACACAUUAAUUUAUUUAGGUAAUCUUUUGCAGCACAAUAUAUAGAGAAACAAUAAAAAUGGCUAGUAGAUCAUUUUCUCAUUUUGUUGAGGAAGAAAUGGGAAAGUUCCCACACUUUGUUAUAUAUAUGUUACUUGAAUGGGUGUUAAUAAUCAUACUAUUCCUUGAUGGUUUUUUAGCAUUCAUUGCCAAUGAAUUUGCAAGGUUCUUUGAAUUGAAAAUCCCUUGUUGGUUAUGCACAAGGUUUGAUCAUGUAAUGGUUCAUAGAAAUCCUGAUUUUUAUUACAAUGAGUCUGUUUGUGAGGCUCAUAAGAAAGACAUGUCAUCUCUUGCAUUUUGCCACAAUCACAAGAAGUUAUCUGACAUAAGGAAAAUGUGUGAAGGGUGUUUACUUUCAUUUGCAACAGAGAAGGAAUCAGAUUGUGAUACAUAUAAGUCACUUGUUGGGAUUUUGCAUAAAGAUUUGGAAUGCUUUGUUGAGGAUGGACAACCUAUUCAGUUGAGUUUGAAGGAUGAUGAUGGUGGGUUCAUGGAAGUUUUUGACACAAACAAUACUCAGAAAUGUUCUUGUUGUGGUAAACCAUUGAAAGUCAAGUUUUCUUCUUCUUCCGCCUUUGCAAAAGGGAAACACUCGAGAUCAUUUGCGCGAGCCCCUACUCCUUCGCCGCGAGCUUUUCCAUUUUCAACAUCUAAAAAUGAGGACCCUCAUUCUCUAGAAUUGCCUCACAUUGCCUAUACAGAACUUAAGUUUUUGUCACGGAAUGACUCUGAACUACCAGAGGAGGAUUUUAACGUCAAAUUGACAGAAGACAUCAAAUCUAUCUCUGUGCCUCUAUUGGCAGGAGGGGAAGAUAUAAACGAUGAGUCUAGCAAACUAACUCCAACAGUUACAAAAGGCAAUAAAUUCUUUGGAAUUCCAUUGUCAGAUUCAACAAACAACAGUCCAAGAUGGUCGUAUAGGUUCAACAAGAAAUCACCACUGGAAAAAACAGAAUUUGCCUCUGAGUCCAAUGAGGUAAUUAAUGCAACUCAAAAUGAUUUUGAUGAUAUAAUUGUAAACAAUUUGAAGAGACAAGUUAGAUUGGAUCGAAAAUCACUAAUGGCAUUGUACAUGGAGUUGGAUGAAGAGAGAAGUGCUUCAGCUAUUGCUGCUAACAAUGCAAUGGCAAUGAUAACAAGGUUGCAAGCAGAGAAAGCAGCGGUGCAAAUGGAAGCUUUACAGUAUCAAAGAAUGAUGGAAGAACAAGCUGAGUAUGAUGAAGAAGCAUUGCAGGCAACUAAUGACAUGCUUCUUAAAAGAGAGGAAGAGAUAAGAGCUUUAGAAGCUGAAUUGGAGUUUUAUAGAAACAAAUAUGGUUUCUUAAUGGCAGAAGGUGAUGGCAAUAAUACUCCAUCAUUCAGACAAGCUGAAGAUAAUAAUAAUAAUAAUGAGACAACUAAUAAAGAUUUGAAAGCAGAUAAAACAUAUCUUAUUGGCCGUAUGAAGAAGAUGGAAAAUAGACCAUCUUUUUCAGAAAAGGGAACUUUACACUUUCUCUCUGACAAUGUCAAUAAUAUAGACAGAGAGACAGAAAAAGGAAGUGGAGUAUAGGUUAGAUGAAUGAAAUUUGUGGUUGCGCCCAACAUGAACAAAUAAUUAAAAUUCUUGAUUGCGGUGGAUAUUGAGAGUGCUUUUACCUAACUCAAGUGAUGGAAGCACGAACAAGUUUCAACUAUCUCACACAAGUUUCUGCAAAAUACCGAUUAUACCCCGGAGGUCAAUGACUUGAUACACAAAUCAUGUCCAAGCUUGCCUAACUUUCACGAGGAUCAUUUGGACAAACUUGUAGAAUUUGUUUGUUUACAUGACAACUAUCAAUGGUUCCUUUUUGCUAAUUAGUUUGUACUUUUUUCUUGCCCAAAAUAUUUAACUUUAUGCUGAUUAAAUAAAAGUUUAAAGUUAGCUAGUGCAGUGACAAUGUCAAAUAAUGUUCCAAUGUCACUCUAUCGUAAUUAUUUAAUAUUGUCCCAUAAAUUGAAGUUUGUUAUU